UUAUGUCUGAAGUGUGAGUGAAUGUGCGAGUCUGAGGAGUGAUUCGGUAGCACACCGACAGGAGGACCGGGAGGGUUAUUUCGUGGAUAGAGAGAACAGGGGAGGUGCACUCACUGCUCCGAGAGGAGAAGGACCGGGAGCAGGACCGGGAGCAGCAGCGGGAGCAGGGAGAGGAGGAGGUGCAGCAGGGAGAGGAGGUGCGUGCUUCCUCCUCCUCCGUGUGCUCCACAUUCCUCCGUCCUGUCGGAGCCUCGGUGUCUCCGGGAUCUCAGACUGUUCUGGAUGUUUCUGAUCGGAGAGAUCUCGUUCUGAUUCGCUACGCACGAAGACCGGACCCGGAAUAACCCGAGCAGUCCGGCUCGGCUCGUCUCGGAUCAUGGCUGCUCGCUGGCUGUUUGCGGUCUGUGUGGCUGCGGGACUGUGCGGGAUCCACGGAGCUUGUAUCUACGAGGGAACACAUCACGCUGACAACACGUCAUGGCGACCUCAGCUGUGUGAAGAGUGCACCUGUCAUGGUGAGGUGUCUGUCUGCAGACCAACAACAUGCUCCAACCCUCUCUGUGACGUCAACAAAGGCGAGCGUCUGAGGAUUCCUGCCAACAGCUGCUGUCCAGAGUGUGUGUCCACGUCUGCCAGCUGUCAGCACAACGGGGGGACGUACACGGACGGCAGUCAGUGGAGCCCCACCCCCUGUACGGUGUGUAUGUGUUCCAAAGGGGGCGUGUCUUGCAGUCCUUGGCCCUGUCCAGCCUUCAGCUGCCCCGAGGGUCAGAUGCCGUUCACACCCGCAGGAGAGUGCUGCCCCCGGUGUUCAGGAGGAGGAGCAUCAUGCUCCGUUCAGGGUUCAGUGUAUGCUGACGGCGAGCAAUGGCGGUCCGGUCUUUGCUCCAAAUGUUUCUGCAGCGAUGGAGCCGUUCAGUGUUCAGUGACCGAGUGUGAGGAGGUCGUCUGCAAACCAGGAGAGAAUCUGGUGAUCCGUCCUGGUCAGUGCUGUCCUCGCUGUGAGACGGAUCCAUGUUUAUCUGCAGGGACACAGCACCAGCACGGCGAGCAGUGGCAGAAAAACGCCUGUACAACCUGUGUGUGUGACCAUGGCCAGUCCAGAUGUCACACACACCGCUGUGGGCCUAUCAGCUGUGAGAAGGGUUUUACCAAAGUAAAGAGAGACGGCCAGUGCUGUGAUGAAUGUGUUCCCGCCAAAGGAAGCUGCCUGUAUGAGGGCGCCGUGCGUUACCAUGGAGACAUGUGGAACAGCACGGGCUGUGAGUUCUGCACCUGUAACCGUGGCCAGGUGGUCUGUCAGAGGGCGGAGUGUGCUCGAGUCACAUGUCCUCAGGGGUCUGAGCUGGUUCAGGGGAGGUGCUGCCCUGAGUGUUCGUCCCCAAAGCCGUCCUGUGUUUACAACGGGAAAUCUCACCAGGAUCUUUCUCGCUGGUCUGACGGCGUUUGCAGGGAGUGUGAAUGUCGUGAUGCUGAGGUGACCUGUUAUCUGCGCUCAUGUCCCACCUGUCCACCAGGCACGCUGAGCGUUACCCGCGAGGGACGCUGCUGCCCCGAGUGUCAUCAAGUCCCAUGUCACACAGACUGCUUAUCAUGUACGGGGUCUCCUGAUCACUGUGAGAGCUGCAGGGACAGGAAGGCGGUCCUCCAUCAUGGCCGUUGUCUGUCCGUCUGUCCUGCCGGAUUCUUCACCAGCGGUCAAGUCUGUGAAGCCUGCCCCCCCUCCUGCCUCAGCUGUUCCAACAGUGGGCGCUGUGAGUCAUGUGACCCCUGGACCCUGCUGAGCCCGGAUGCCUCCCAGUGUGUCUCGACCUGUCCAUCAGGAUCUUACCCACACGGAAACACACGCUGUCACUACUGCCAUGCAGCAUGCUCAGAAUGCAGCGGGCCAACGCAGCACGAGUGUAUGGCGUGUUCAAACCCUGCUGCCUUGCUCAAAGACGGACGGUGUGUAAGCCACUGUGGGAAUGGAUUCUACAGCCAGGGUGGAGUCUGCUACGCCUGCGACUCGUCCUGUGCAUCUUGUUUCCCUGACGACCCGAAGUGCAUUAGCUGUCCUCCUGGCAUUGCACUGCAUCAUGGGAAAUGUAUUUCUGAGUGUCCUCCUCGGCAUUAUCUGGAUGACCAUGGCAGGUGUAGGGCGUGCCACACGUCCUGCUCGUCCUGCAUGGGUCCUUCGCUGUCUCAGUGCUCUUCCUGUCCAAGUGAGCUCUGUCUCCUCCACGGUCAGUGUGUGGAAGAGUGUGGGGCGGGGCUCUAUGCUCAGGACGCCGCCUGUCACAAUUGCCACCCUUCCUGCCGCUCAUGCGUUGGCCCGCUGUCCUCCGACUGCCUUGCCUGCGCCAAACCAGAGGAGGUCAUUGUCUGUCAGGAUGCUGUGCAACACGGCGUCUGCUCGGCCGUGUGUCCCAAACACACCUUCAUGGAUCACACACGCACCUGCACAGAGUGUCACUCCUCCUGCUCGCUGUGUUCGGGGCCGUCUGCUGAAAACUGCACUUCCUGUCUCGCCCCCUUCAACCUGCACGAGGGACGCUGUGUCCUCACUUGUCCACAGGUGUUCUUCAGUCAGGACGGACAGUGUCACGCGUGUCACCCGUCAUGUCAGUCAUGUUUGGGUCCGUCUCAGGCCGACUGUACUUCCUGCCCCUCCCUCUCCUCUCUGCUGAGUGGAUACUGCAGGACCAGCUGUGAGGACGGAAACUACCAGAUCCCUGAGAGUGGCGAGUGUGUCCGCUGCAGCUCAGAUUGUGGGCGGUGCUCAGCUGACCUGCUGACAGGUCUUGGCAGUGUGUGUGUGUGGUGUAAGGAGGCAAGAAGGUGGCUACUGGGAGAUCACUGCGUGUCUGAGUGUCCACGAGGAACCUACGGCCAACAUGGAGCAUGUUUAAAAUGCCAUCCAUCCUGUGAGUCUUGCAGUGGGGCGGGGCCUGUCUCCUGUACUUCCUGUCCUGUAAAUACCGUUCUGACGCCCUUGGGUGUUUGUGCUCCUAAAUGUCCCAUUGGUUACCAUGACAACGGUCAUCGGGCCUGUCAAGCAUGUGACCAUCAGUGUCUCACCUGUGAGGUGGGCGGAGCCUGUACAUCUUGCAGAGACCCCACAAAGGUGCUUCAGUUUGGAGAGUGUCAGUACGACAGCUGUGCUCAUCAGUACUACCUGAACACUUCGACCAGAGCAUGCAGAGAGUGUGACUGGAGCUGUAACUCGUGUCGUGGUCCCCUGAGGACGGACUGCCUCCUCUGUAUGGACGGUUACGUGCUGCAGGAUGGCGUCUGCACGGCGAGCUGCUCCAAAGGUUUCUACCAGGAUGGAGACACGUGUGAGACGUGUGAUGCUCAUUGUGAGCAGUGUCUCGGCCCUGCCCAGUGUCAGCGCUGCUUGCCUCCGUUUGCCGUCCUUGAAGGACACUGCGUUCUGGGCUGUGGGCGGGGCUUCUUCCUGGACACCUCGUCUCAGCUCUGCAGACCGUGCUCGUCUGACUGCGUGCUGUGUGACGCCGUCGGAAGCUGCACGGCCUGCAGGGAGCACACCUACCUAAUGGAGGGGUACUGUACACCUGACUGUGGGCGGGGCUUCUACGCUGGCCUGAAGACCAGGACAUGUUACGUGAAUAGCCACGCUCCCUCCCUGCGAGUAAAUGGCUCACUCCUGGUCCCUGUAGGGGGUGCGGCCUCACUAAGCCCCUCCUUGCUGCAGGUGAAUGACCCCGACAGUCCAGCUGAGCGUCUGAUCGUUCAGCUGGUCCAGAGCCCCAGUAAUGGCCGGCUGCUCUUCAGGGGAGAGGAGGGCAGGGAGGAAGGAGGGCGAGAACUGAACCAGGAUGACACCUUUACCUGGGCGGAGCUGAGAGCAGGGCGUGUCCAGUUCAGCCAUCAGAGAGAUGGGUCCAGGAGUGGAGAGUUCAGCGUUCGAGUCUCUGACCCUCAGCUGUUCUCACAACCGGAGUCAAUCCAGGUUCAAGCUGUGUCCAUGCAGCCUCCACGGGUUGUCUCUCUCUCUCCUCUCACUGUGGACGAUCGAGGUGCCGUGGCGACCAUCACCAAAUCCAUCCUGCAGAUAGACGAUCCUGAUAAUCCCGCUGACGUCCUGGUUAUGGUCUUGGACCCGCCCCGCCAUGGCCGGCUGACCCGUCUCCAUGGGGACCGGGCGCUUAGCCGGUUCAAGCUGGAGGAUCUGAGCCGGGAGCAAAUCCAGUACCAACAUGACGGGACGGACGAGGGGCGGGACGAGACGGUGCUGCAGGUCAACGACGGUCACACCUACAGGAACAUCCUGCUGCACAUACAUGUCAAUCACAAGGCGUCGGACUCUCCUCAUGUGCUGUCUGUGCCGAUGACGUGGGUCAGAGAAGGAGGGAUGGUUCGUCUGGAUAAAAAAUAUCUGCAGAGCGAUAUCAGAGGAGUGAGCGCCGAGAACAUCCUCUACACCAUCCAAUCAGCAGAGGGAUAUCCUAAACAUGGUGAGGUGGUGUUGGUCUCCAUGCUGGCCGACGGUCCUCCUGAAGGUUGGCGUCCAUCUCUGACAGCUGAUCGAGGUUUCACGGCAACGAACUCGUUUACUCAGCAGGACGUGAACGACGGCUCCGUGUGGUACCGUCAUAUCGGACCGGGGAUGGACGGCGACUCCUUUAUGUUCCAGGUGUCCACAGACUCCGCCCCCCUUCUGCAGAGCGAUGCUCAGACGUUCACUGUCGGCGUCCUCCCCCAGAUCCCUGGAUUCCCCCAGCUCGCCCCUGACUGCGACCUGCAGAUCACGGCUCUGGAGGACCGAGUGACAGAGAUCACUCCUGCUGCUCUCUCCUUCAUUGACUCAGAAACACCUGAUGAAAAACUCGUCUACAACAUCACCAAAGCUCUGCCGCCACGCCACGGAACGAUUGAACAUGUUGACCGAGCGUACACACCGGUGAAACUUUUCACUCAGGCUGACGUAAACAACGGAAAGAUCAUCUACAGACCUCCAGCAGCUCCAUCACACCUACAGGAGCUCUACCAGUACUCCUUCACUGGCCUGCCUGAAUCUCUCAGCGUCUACUUCACAGUGUCCGAUGGAGAACACACCACCCCCGAACUCGACUUUGCCGUCCUCCUUCUGUCCAAUCACCAGCAGCCGCCCAUCUUUCAGGUGCUGGACCCACUACUGGAGGUCAGCGUGGGGGGUCAGGCCAGCAUCGGCGGUCAGCAGCUGGCGGUCAGUGACGCUGACACGGCUCCAGACGAGUUGGAGUUUGAGCUCGUUGAAGCUCCGAUCCACGGGGAGCUGCUAAAGACGGAGGGCAGCGAACGCAUCAGCAUGAACAACGGUGACACCUUCACCUUCGCCGACAUUACCCGCAACGUCCUCCUCUACAGACACGGCGGCCUCUCCACGCAGGAGGACGCCAUCACCUUCUCUGUCAGUGACGGGAUCUCUAUGGCGACCACCGUGGUGCAGGUGGUGGUGCUGGGCCGCGGCGGCGACGGGCCACAGCGUGACCCAGCAGCGUCUCUGUCUGUGGAAGUGGGUGAGAAGAGCAGCACGGUGAUCAGACGCUCACACCUGGCUUACACGGACGACUCGUCUCCUGAUGAUCAGAUCCGGAUCCAGCUGGUGUCUGUGCCGAUGUACGGCGUCCUGAGGCGGAGCCUAAGUGGGCAGGAGAGCGAGGAGCUGAGGGAGUACUCGAGCUUCAACAUGGAGGACGUCAACAAACGCAGGAUCAGGUACGUCACCUCGGUGGAGACGGGCAGUCAGCCAAUCACAGACAUUUUCCACUUCCUGGUUUAUGAUGGAGACAACAACCGCCUCGACAACCAGAUGUGCACAAUCACUAUCACCUCAUCACCACGGCAACCGCCCGAGGUGACCGUCCACAGCGGCAUCAAGGUUCAGGUGGGAGGUCGGGUGCAGCUCUCCACCAAUCACAUCACAGUGUCAGACCUGGACACGCCCAGGAAGGAUCUGCUGGUGUGGCUGGUCAUUCCGCCGAAGUUUGGCUUCAUCGAGAACACGAGACGAGGGGGCUCUGUGGGCGGCUCGAGGGUUGUUACACCGGACGUUCCGUUCUCCAUGGAGGACCUGACGUCCAACCACAUCUUCUACGUUCAGGAUGGGAAGUCUCGGGUCAAACAGGAUGUGUUUAGCUUCUACAUCAGUGACGGCCACAGCCAGACCGAGGCGUUCAACGUAGACGUCGACAUCCAGAGCGAGGAGCAGCGUGAGCCCGUGGUGUCCGUCAGCAGUGUCCAUGUGGAGGAAAACUCCGGAGUUGUCAUCACAAACUCGUCCCUGAGUGUCCAGGACCUGGACACGCCGGAGAACGAGAUCCUGUUCACCGUAAUCAGGAAGCCUUCAUACGGUAAACUUCGCCGCCGUCAGUUUUACUCUGAGCCCCUGGAGAACGGGCGUGUCCUCUCCCAGGGCUCCACCUUCACCUAUCAGGACGUCCUGGAUCAGCUGUUGGUGUACACACCUGAGCAGGUGAGCGGGGGGGCAGACGAGCUGGGCUUCACGCUGACCGAUGGCAUCCACACGCACACAGGACGGCUGACGUUCACCAUGGACGUGAGGAAGAGCGAGGGGCCCCGGAUGACGGUGAACAGGGGCCUGCAGCUGGCUGCAGGCUCCUCCUCAAAGAUCACAGAGCAGAACCUGAAGGGAACAGACCUGGACUCAGACAGUCUGAGGCUCCGCUACGUCCUCACAAAAGACGUGGCGGCGGGAAAACUGCUGCUGAGCCGUGGCGCCGGAGGACAAAGAGAGGCGGAGAGAGUGACAGUGAAAGGACCGAUCCAGAGCUUCACACAGGACGACGUCAACAAAGGUCUGCUUCAGUUCAGCCAUGAGAAAGGAGAGAGGGGAGGAAGUCUGUCCUUUAAAUUUAACCUGAUUGACCCCGAGGGAAACAAGCUCAUUGACCAAUCAUUCUUCAUCAGCGUGCUUGAGGACCGCCUCCCACCAUCCGUGGAGGUGAAUAAAGGACUGGUAUUGGAUGAGAACUCAGUGAAGAAGCUGACCACGCUGCAGCUGUCAGCGAGCGACCAGGACAGUGAGCCGAGCGAACUGGUUUAUAAAAUCACCAAACAGACAAGUCUGGGUCACCUGGAGCAUGCCGCCAACCCCGGUGCAAGGAUCAGCUCAUUCACACAGGCUGACCUGGCAUCCCGCAGCAUUCAGUACGUCCACACCAGCGAAGAAGAGAAGCACGCUGACCAGUUCUCCUUCGUUGUGUCAGACGGGACCAACGAGGUGUCUCAGACGUUCUACAUCACCAUCAGACCCGUGGAUGACUCUCUGCCUCUUCUGCUCGUUCCUGGGAUGAGAGUCCAGGAGGGCGUGAGGAAGACCAUCACCGAGUUUGAGCUGAAGGCCACAGAUGCUGACACUGAGGCCGAGUCCAUCGUGUUCACCAUCGUCCAGCCUCCUCGCCACGGCACCAUUGAGCGUACAAGUAACGGGCAGCACUACCGUCAGACGAGCAGCUUCAGCAUGGACGACGUCUAUCAGAACCGCAUCAGCUACAACCACGACGGCUCCAACUCCCUGAAGGACCGCUUCACCUUCAGCGUGAGCGACGGGACCAACCUGCUGUUCAUGGUGGAGGACGGCGGCAAGGAGAUCAUCACGGCUGCUCCUCAGAAGUUUAAGAUCGAUAUUCUGCCCGUUGAUGACGGAACACCACGGAUCGUCACCAACCUGGGCCUGCAGUGGCUCGAGUACAUGGACAACAAGGCGACAAAUCUGAUCACCAAGAAGGAGCUGCUGACCAUGGACCCUGAUACAGACGAUGGCCAGCUGGUUUAUGACAUCACCACCCCGCCUAAGCACGGUUACCUGGAGAGCAAAAUGAAACCUGGAAACCCUGUGACCACCUUCACACAAGCCGAUGUAAACCUCGGUCUGAUCAGAUACGUGCUGCAGCAGGAGAACGUUCAGGAAACCAUGGAUCACUUUAAGUUCCUGGUCAAAGACAGCAAACCCAACGUGGUCAGAGAUAACGUGUUCCACAUCCAGUGGUCCGUGAUCAGCUUCACUCACCGAAGCUAUAAUGUCAGCGAGAAGGCGGGCACAGUGGCGGUGACGGUGAGACGAACAGGAAAUCUGAAUCAGUACGCCAUCGUGUUGUGUCGAACCGAGCAGGGCAGCGCCACCUCAAGCAGCAGCGUGGGAUCACGGCCGGGUCAGCAGGACUAUGUGGAGUACGCUGGUCAGGUGCAGUUCGACGAGCGUGAGGACACCAAGGUGUGUACCAUCGUCAUUAACGAUGAUAAGGUGUUUGAGGGGGCGGAGAGCUUCCAGGUCGAACUGAGCAUGCCCGUGUACGCGCUGCUGGGAGGAAACACGCGUGCCGUCGUCAACAUAAACGACACAGAAGACGAGCCGACUCUGCAGUUUGACAAGAAGACGUACCACGUCAACGAGAGCACGGGAUUCAUCCACGCACCUGUGCAGAGGAAAGGCGAUUCGUCGAGCACGGUGUCGGCGCUGUGUCACACGGUGGCGGGCUCGGCUCAGGGCAGCAGCCUCACCGCUCUGGAGUCCGGCUCGGACUAUAAAAGUCGCGGGAUGAGCUCCGAUAACCGCGUCAUCUUCGGCCCGGGCGUCAGCAUGUCCACCUGUGACGUCAAACUCAUCGACGACAGCGAGUACGAGCUUUCUGAGGAGUUUGAGCUCGUGUUGAGCGACGCCUCAGAUAACGCACGUAUGGGAGACGUCACAGUCGCCAAGGUGGUCAUCGACGGACCUAAUGAUGCAUCCACGGUCUCUCUGGGGAACGCCACGUUUACCUUCAGUGAAGAUGCAGGUACUAUAGAGAUCCCCGUGCUGCGUCAUGGCAGCGACCUUUCAUCUGUGACGUCCGUGUGGUGUGCAACGCGACCGUCUGACCCCCCCUCAGCCAGCCCGGGGGUCGACUACAUCCCCAGCUCCAAGAAGGUGGAGUUCAAACCGGGGAAGACCCAGGAGAGCUGCAGUCUGACCAUCAUGGACGACAUCCAGAACCCGUCCAUCGAAGGAUCCGAGUCCUUCAUCGUCUUCCUCAGCUCUCCUCAGGGGGCGGUGCUUCAGGAGCCAUAUGAGGCCAGCGUGGUCAUCACCGACACCUUCCAGGACAUUCCCAGCAUGCAGUUUGAGAAGAGCGUCUACACGGUGAAGGAGAAGGACGGCGUCCUCCACCUGCCCGUCAUCCGCUCCGGAGACCUGACCUUCAAGUCGUCGGUCAGGUGUUUCACUCGCACCAUGUCGGCGAUGGUGAUGGACGACUUUGAGGAGAGGAGGAACGCGGACGAGUCCAGGAUCACGUUUCUCAAAGGAGAGAAGGUGAAAAACUGCAGUGUUUACGUAAACGAUGACUCAGUGUUCGAGCCUGAAGAAGAGUUCCAGGUGCAUCUUGGGACGCCGCUUGGUGAUCAUUGGAGCGGUGCAAUGGUGGGAGCUAAUGACAUCGUCACGGUGACCAUCACCAACGAAGAAGAUGCUCCCACCAUCGAGUUCGAGCAGGCGUCCUUCCAGGUCAGAGAGCCUCCUGGGCCAGACGGUGUCGAGGUGUUAAACAUCAAGGUGAUUCGCCGCGGCGACCUAGACCGAACCUCCAAGAUCCGCUGCAGCACGCGGGAUGGCUCGGCCCAAUCUGGAGUGGAUUAUAAUCCAAAGAGCCGAGUGCUGAAGUUUACUCCAGGGAUGGAUCACAUCCUGUUUAAGGUGGAGAUUCUGUCCAAUGAGGACAGAGAAUGGCACGAGUCCUUCUCGUUGGUGCUCGGCCCCGACGACCCCGUGGAGGCAGUGCUUGGAGAGAUCACCACGGCAACAGUAACCAUUCUGGACCAGGAAGCGUCAGGCAGCCUCAUCCUGCCGGCCACGCCAAUCGUGGUCUCCCUCGCUGACUAUGACAACGUACAGGAAGUGACCCGGGAGGGCAGUAAGAAGGCGCCCCCUCCUGGCUACCCGCUGGUGUGCGUCUCCCCAUGUGACCCUCACUAUCCAAAAUUCUCGGUGAUGAAGGAGCGCUGCGACGAGGCGGGCAUCAACCAAACCCAAGUCCACUUCUCCUGGGAAGUGGCGGCUCCCACUGACACCAACGGGGCUCGCUCUCCAUUUGAGACGGUUACGGACACCACGCCGUACACCAGCGUCAACCACAUGGUCCUGGACAGUAUCUACUUCAGCCGCCGUUUCCACGUCCGAUGUGUCGCUCAGGCCAGAGAUAAGGCCGGUCACUUGGGGACGCCACUCAGAAGCAACAUUGCCACUAUCGGCACUGAUGGCUCCAUCUGCCACACGCCUGUUACCACGGGAACCGCCCGAGGCUUCCAGGCCCAGUCCUUCAUCGCCACGCUCAAAUACCUGGACGUCAAACACAAGGAGCACCCCAACCGGAUCCACAUCUCGGUGCAGAUCCCCCAUCAGGACGGCAUGCUCCCCCUGGUGUCCACCAUGCCGCUGCACAACCUCCACUUCCUGUUGUCAGAGUCCAUCUACAGGCAGCAGCACGUCUGCUCCAACCUCGUGACGCUGAAGGACCUGAAGGGGGUGGCGGACUCUGGCUUUCUCGAUGACGUCUCCUUGGAUACUAUCUCUCUGGGUCCUGGUUUCGAUCGCCCCUAUCAGUUUGAUCCAAACGUCCGUGAAGCUCGGAGUCUGCAGCUCUACAAGCACCUGAACCUGAAGAGCUGCAUCUGGACGUUCGACGCCUACUACGACAUGACGGAGCUGAUCGACGUCUGCGGCGGAUCAGUCACCGCCGACUUCCAGGUGCGAGACUCGGCCCAGUCCUUCCUCACCGUGCAGGUUCCUCUCUACGUGUCCUACAUCUACGUCACGGCUCCACGGGGCUGGGCAUCUCUGGAACACCACACCGAGAUGGAGUUCUCCUUCUUCUACGACACGGUGCUGUGGAGGACAGGUAUUCAGACAGACAGCGUCCUGUCAGCCAGACUGCAGAUCAUCAGGAUCUACAUCAGAGAGGACGGACGACUUGUCAUCGAGUUCAAAACCCACGCCAAGUUUAGAGGCCAGUUUGUCCCUGAACAUCACACGCUGCCCGGGCAUAAAUCCCACCUGAUGGCUCCAGAUCACCUGGGAGGAAUCGAGUUCGACAUCCAGCUGCUGUGGAGCGCCCAGACCUUUGACUCGCCGUAUCAGCUGUGGAGGGCGACCAGCUCGUACAGCAGGAAGGACUACUCCGGGGAGUACACUGUGUUUCUGAUCCCCUGCACAGUUCAGCCCACUCAGCCGUGGAUCGACCCCGGAGACAAACCUCUGUCCUGCACCGCCCACGCUCCAGAGAAGUUCCUGGUACCGAUCGCCUUCCAGCAGACCAACAGACCGGUCCCCGUGGUUUAUUCUCUGAACACCGAGUUUCAGCUGUGCAACAACGACAAGGUGUUCAUGAUGGACCCGGCCACCGCCGACGUCUCCAUGGCCGAGAUGGACUACAAGGGCGCCUUCUCCAUGGGUCAGACGCUGUACGGCCGGGUGCUGUGGAAUCCAGAGCAGAACCUGAACGCAGCGUACAAGCUGCAGCUGGAGAAGGUUUACCUGUGCACAGGUAGAGACGGAUACGUUCCCUUCUUCGACCCCACGGGGACGCUGUACAACGAGGGCCCUCAGUACGGCUGCAUCCAGCCCAACAAGCAGCUGAAACACCGCUUCCUGCUGCUGGAUCGGAAGCAGCCCGACGUCUGUGAUAAGUUUUUCCAUGACGUUCCCUUUGAGGCUCAUUUCGCCUCCGAUAUCCUGGAGCUGCAGGCCAUGAGCGCCAUGCCGGGUGUGGACGGCUUCACCAUGAAGGUGGACGCUCUCUACAAGGUGGAGGCGGGGCAUCAGUGGUACCUCCAGGUGAUCUAUGUGAUUGGUCCAGAGUCCCGGUCCAGCCCCAGGAUCCAGCGCUCCGUGACCUAUCAGCUGAGCCGCUCUCGACGUGACCUGGUGGAUCGUAGUGGGCGUCUGACGCUGGACGAGUCCCUGAUCUACGACAACGAGGGCGACCAGGUGAAGAACGGCACCAACAUGAAGUCACUGCGCCUGGAGGUGGAGCCGUCCGCCACCUUUAAUGCCCACGUGGGCAGCUCUGUGGGCGGGGCCGUAGCCGCCGUCACCCUGCUGGUCCUGGUUGUGCUGGCUUCGUGUUUCGUGUUGCGCCGCUGUAGACGGGCGGCGGCGAAGAAGACGGAGAAAACGUACGAGCAGUACCCGCUGAACACCAAGGUGGAGGUGUGUUUGGACAAAUGUGUGGAAAAGAACUUCAGCUCCAAACACUGCACGGUCCGGAACAUCAACAUCCUCAACCGCCAGCAGGAGCCCCGCCCCAAAGUCAAACAGGUCAACCUGGAGGUGAAGCUGCACAACAACCUGAGUGACGGCACCGAGGUGUGACGAGAGCGGGGGGAGAGGGCAAGGGCGGCCAGGAGGAGAGGGAGAAUCUAAAGGUUAUUUCAGAGGUAGCGUUUGUACUUGAGGUACGACAUGUUUGUUUUUUCUUUUUUAACCACUUUGAAAAAGGGAAAAGAGUGGCGCCACAGCGGGAAAUCAUUCAGCAGCGUUGGCCGCUAACUCAGGAACCACUUGCACCCCUACUCAGCUCAGACGUCACUCAGUACGUUUCACUCGGGACGUUUCACUUUGUAUGUUUGACUCGGUACGUUUCCAUGCAGUCAUCAAAGUUGCUGUAUUGAUAGUGCGGCCAAACCUGGACUUUUUCAUCCAUUAGCAUAAAUCAUCAGUGGACUGGUAGUCGGCCAGUGGUAGGGCCUCAUAUCCAGACUCACAGUCCCCCAUAUCUAGACUCACGGCCCCCCAUGUCCAGGCUCACGGUCCCCCAUGUCCAGACUCACUGCCCCCCAUGUCCAGACUGACGGUCCCCCAUGUCCAGACUCACGGUCCCCCAUGUCCCCCAUGAUUUAUGCUAAUAGAUAAGGUCCCCCUUAUCCAGACUCACCGUCCCCCAUGUCCAGACUCACGGUCCCCCAUGUCCAGACUCACGGUCCCUCAUAUCCAGACUCACGGUCCCCCAUGUCCAGACUCACGGUCCCCCUUAUCCAGACUCACCGUCCCUCGUGUCCAGACUCACGGUCCCCCGUGUCCAGACUCACGGUCCCCCGUGUCCAGACUCACGGUCCCCCAUAUCCAGACUCAUGGUCCCCCAUUUAUGCUGAGGUUUCAUCAGAGUUUAUUGUGCUUAUUCCUGUUUUCCCAGCCUUUAGCGCUGUCAAACCAGAGUUUUUAAUGGCACAGCUCUUCUUGACUUUACGGUAGAGAUUGUCACAUCGUCGGCGACCAAUCAGAUCGUCAGACCAGGCUGGUGACUGAAGCACAGAGGAGACAGGAGAGUUUAGGGAUGGACAGAGCGAGUCGGUGACAGUAGAGACGGUUUUUACUAAGAUGAAGAAGGAGGUAAAUGUUCAGACUGGUCCAUGCUCAUUCUUCUCCAGUUUAAACCGGUUUGAGUCUCCACGUGUUUCAGUGCCGCCGCCAUGACUGAUCAUCGGUAGUAGACAAAGCACACGGUUUAGAGCAAUAAUCCAGACUCAGAUCUGAGGACAGAAAAUAAACUAAGAGCCUGAAUCAAUCGAUCAGAAUCCUCACAAUCAUCAAUGAUGAUCUCUAACGUUGCUCUGAUUUUUCAAACACUGGAUUUUAUUUAAACUCUUUUAGACUACUGAGACGAGAAACGACGUAUAACCACUUAAUCUAGCUGACAUGAGGCGUGCUGCCAUCUAGUGUCGUGGAGGCAGACGUUCUUCUAUCAGUUCAGUUUUUCACUGUUGCUUCGACACGUUUCUCAAACUCUUCCUCCCUUUUCUCUAAACACUGAACACAAAACUGGGACAGGUAAAAAAGUAGAUUGAACCAGUCUCACUGUAGAGGAGAAUCAGGACUAGUCUCUGCAGUAAAAACCAAAUAAAACCUUCAGCUUUUUAGAAACACACUGAAUGCUCCCAAGUCAAGUAGAAACCCUAAACCAGCGAUACUCAACCUGUGGCUCUGGAACCACAUGUGGCUCUUUUAUGUCUUCAUAAAAAAAUAUUAUUCCCCCAGAAAACCUUAGAAAAGGGAAACUUUGACCUCAGAAAUUAUGCAUUGCAAGUCACUUUAAUCGGUUUGUUUCCUGCACAUACACACUCAACUUUAAUUGUCAACCAAUUAUUUUUUUCUGUAUAUUUCUGUUGCCCCAAUUUGCAAUUUUCUGCCUCUUUUU